CUUUCCGCUGCGCCGACCGUGGUGGACCCGCCACCAAGAUGCAGAUUUUCGUGAAAACUCUCACGGGGAAGACGAUUACCCUCGAGGUUGAACCCUCGGAUACAAUCGAAAAUGUAAAGGCCAAGAUCCAGGAUAAGGAAGGAAUUCCUCCUGAUCAGCAGAGACUAAUCUUUGCUGGCAAACAACUGGAAGAUGGACGAACUUUGUCUGACUACAACAUUCAGAAGGAGUCCACUCUUCAUCUUGUCCUGAGACUGCGUGGUGGUGCUAAGAAAAGAAAGAAGAAGUCUUACACCACUCCCAAGAAAAAUAAACAUAAGAGAAAGAAGGUUAAGCUGGCUGUCCUGAAAUAUUAUAAGGUGGAUGAGAAUGGCAAAAUCAGUCGCCUUCGUCGGGAGUGCCCAUCCGAUGAAUGUGGUGCUGGAGUUUUUAUGGCCAGCCACUUUGACAGACAUUAUUGUGGCAAAUGUUGUCUGACCUAUUGUUUCAACAAACCAGAAGACAAGUAAUUGUGUAUGGCUUCAUAAUAAAUGACAU